AUAGAAGUCUGUCGUUGCUUAGCAACGCAUCCACCAACCAAAGCGGAGCGCUUCUCCUGCUGAUUGCUGACGUCAUCGCGCAGUCAGCUGAUCUCGCUGAGGUCGGACAGUCUCCGGAAAUGUGCCGGUCUUCAUAGCGCGACUCAGCCGGUCAGCAGCUUCCGCUCACCUGGCCCAGAACCUUUUCCUCCGCGGUGACUCACUUCCGGUGUUCACCACGCGUCACAUUACGGGGACCGUUUCAGAGCACAUUAUUAUUUCGGGAUGAUCCGAGCUUCCUAAAAUUGAUCAAUCCCGGUGGAGAUGGAUGACAGUGAUGAGGAAACGGCAGCACCAGAGCUUCCCCUGGAGAUCAUAGUCUACAUCCUGAGUUUUCUUCACGCUUCAGACAGGAAGGAAGCCUCGCUUGUCUGCCGCAGUUGGUACAAUGCCAGCCAGGACCAGAGAUACCAGAGGGAGGUCACAUUCAGCUUCCCGGCGUCCGCCUCAGCCCUGGAGCUGGUCAAAGGUCUUAGCAGGAAGUCCCACUGUAGCCUGAGAAUCAGCCAGCUGGACGGCUUCAGCAUCUCCAGAUCGCUUCUUCUGGAGGUGGGUGUGUGUUUAGGUUCUAAGGUGGAGAGCUUGGCCCUGCCGGGCAGCAGCAUCACCGAGGCCUCCCUGCUCGACCUCCUGCCCUGCUUGACCUCCCUUCGGAGGCUGGACCUCAGGGGCCUGGACAGCCUGUUCAUGUCCGGAGCGUUCCUCUCCAGGGAGGAGCACAGACAGCAGGUCCGGUCCGCUCUGUGUGGUCUGGAAGAGCUGGAUCUGUCCAACCUGCGGUACCUCUCCGACCUAACCUUCACGCGGCUCACGGGCUGCACGCCGCGCCUCCGCCGCCUCUCCCUGGCUGGAUGCCACAUCGCCUUUGAGUUCGAUCCAUACCGGGGGUGCCCAGUGGGGAUGGUGGAGGACUCCUCAGCACUUCUGUCACUGAGGAACCUGAAGAGGCUCCUGACGCAGCAGAAAUCCACCCUUGUUGCUCUGGACCUCAGCAGGACUUCCAUCACCCCCGAGUCACUGCGCGCCGUCGCACAGGUCGAGGAUUUAAAGUUGGAGGAACUGUAUCUGCAGGGCUGUAAGGAGCUGACGGACUAUUCUGUGGAGAUUCUUGUGAGGCACCAGCCGGGUCUCCUUAAACUGGACAUCAGCGAGUGCAUGGGGCUGACCAGCAGGUCUGUGGAGGCCGUGGCCCACGGCCUGAAGUCACUGACGCAUCUUUCUCUGUCUCACGACUGGAGAAUAACCGAAAAAGGCCUCAGGGACCUGCUGGCUCUGCCGGGCUUGAAGGGUCUGGAUCUGUCUCAGUGUCUGAACAUCAGCGGAGCAGAGAUGGUCUCCAGCUUGAAGAGGCCCGGCGCCACAAGAGCACAGCUGGAAACGCUCAACUUCAGGGGCUGCACCUACAUCAAGGACCUGGCCGUUUUCUCUCUUGCCCAACUUCUCGGGAGUCGUCUCCGUGAGCUGGAUCUGACGUCUUGCGUCAACGUGACUGACCUGUCUGUGUGCGCCAUCGCCACCUACCUGCAGGAGCUGGUGGUUCUGCGGCUGGGCUGGUGUAAGGAGGUCACAGACUGGGGUCUGCUGGGGAUGCUGCAAAAAGCUGAGUGCGAGCUCCACAACGAGACGGGUGAUAACGGUCCCAUGUUCACCCGAACCUUUGGCAACAUGGGCUUCUUUAAACCGCCUCGAAUGCCCUUCGAGGAGAAACCCAAACUGCUCACACAGAUCGACCUGCAGCAGUUCAAAGAGCAGGCCGGGGACUCGCUUUUAGCUCUGAGGAGGCUGCAGGAGCUGGACCUCUCCGCCUGCAUUAAGCUCACCGACAGCAGCAUCACCCAGGUGGUGAAGUACCCGGACCUCCAGCGGCUGUCUCUCUGCAUGCUUCCGGACAUCACCGACGCCGCCUUGGUGUCUGUGGGAUGGCACUGCCGCAGCCUCACCAGCUUGACCCUCAGCCACUGUCCGGGCAUCACCGACCGCGGGGUGGCUCAGGCUGCGCCGCAUCUCCAGCGGCUGCAGCAUCUCUACCUCUCCUGUUGCGGUAACAUCACCGACAGGUCCCUGCACCUUCUGAUGCAGCACUGCAAGCGCUUGAAGACGGUCGACAUCUCCAGGUGUAAAAACGUUUCCAUGAGAACCGUGGAGCUCCUGCACACAAACCUGCCUUUUUUGGAGAACGUUCAUCACAAACUCAUAGGUGCUGAACUUUUUAAUGACUGACAGGAAGUUCUGGAUGGAUCCUCAAACAAACGCUGCAGACCAAAGCCCGCCCCCCAGAGAUCUUUCAGUCACCACUACAGUAAGUUUAAAGCAACAACCAUGGAAAGUGACACUUUUAUUAGUGAAUGUGGCUCAUCUAAGAAGAGUCAGCAUCGUGAAAGUAGAAAUGCGACGCACAAGAGGGGAACGUCAGGCUUCUUCUUUAGUCUUAGAAAUAACUACUUUAAAUUAUUUUUUAUUUGUUAAACUUAGUUUGAACUAUAUUUUUAACAGAAAUAAACAUUUUUGAGCUGAAAAACAUGGAGAUGAAGAAAGUAAAAGGAGAGUUUCGUGAAUGUAUUUCACUUAGGGAUUUGCACUGAUGGAAGAACCUUUGGAAAAAAGAUUAAUGAGAAAUGUUAACAUUUAUUUAACGUUGCUUUCUCACACAAACAAAUUUUGUCCCAUAAUUCCUUUGUAUCUAUCAGUUCUUUGUAAUGUUUGCAAACUGUAGUCUUUCAUUAUAAGUUCCUUUAAAAAAAAAAAAAAAA